AAAUGGUUGCGAAAUUGGUAGCACAGAUAGGAGGCACUGUGCGUCCUAACUUGUAUCAAGUUUUGCUUAUACCAUAAAACUUUGUUAGAAUUUGUCACGAUAAUACAAACGUUUAUACCUAUGUACACAUACGUGUGAAAUAUAAGAAGUUUAAUUUCUUCAGAAAUAGAUUUAAUAGGGACACAUUUCAUUUAAUUUUCAAGUCAUUGAAAUGAAGACUGGAUUAAUAUGAAUGUCAGAACAAUGUUUCUUACGAUUAUAGAAUGGAAGUAACCCAUUUGUUUAUUGUGAUAUGUCUAUCUUAUAUUGAGGAAAUAAGUUGUAAUUGUGGUGGUAAAAGUGAUGGUUCUCAGUCAGAAUCAUGUUGGUACACCUUCUGGUAUAUAUGGGUGGCGUUAGCUUUAUUUGUAGCUGUUUUAAUCACAAUAAUGGUUUUCUAUUACAAACACAAAUCUCGACAUCGGACGAGAGUACGAAGAUUGUCAGCUGCUAGACCACAGAAUCCACCCCCUUAUUCCGUCCCUAGUCAACUACCACCUUCAUAUGAUGAUGCUAUUAAAGAUAGUCUUCCCGUUCCUCCGGGUUAUGUAACAGAUUACAGAUUAAUAAGUCAAUAUCAUAAUAAUCGAGGACAAAGUGAUGUCAGUACAAUAUCAUACCCUCCGUCAUAUAUAGAAGGUCCAGUACCGCAACCACCGCGACAACAAUUGACCAGUCAACCAAGACCAACACGGAAUUCAGUUAAUCCUCAAAGGCAACAACCGCCUCCGCCAAGGAACCAAGUUCCAACUCAAAGUCAGCAAGCUCAAACAGGACGAGUCCAUGUUCAGUCUCAAAGACAGCAAGCCCAAACAAGAGUAACACAACCACAACAACCCACUCCUCGGUGAUUUGACGUGUGUCACGUCGGUCAGGGAUUAAAACAGUUUUAAAUGGAACAACGAGAACUUUUAUUGUUACGCCUGCUGACCAUUGCAUUUCUGUGAUAGAACUAUAAAGUAUUUAUUUUUUUGUAAUGAUUUAAGUUUUUAAAUGUUUAGUAAUUAAUACCAUUUUAGGAAGUUGUUGAUUAUUUAAGACUUUUGAAAUAAAAGCUUAUUGUAUAAAUAAUUAUGUAAAAUUCAGGCAAUUCUAAUCAAUCAGUUUAUAUGAUGUAUGUAUAUUUAUAUAUAUAAUGUGCAAGAGCAACCAAACAUAUGUGAAACAUAAUUUACAGCGGAUUCCAUUAAGUUUGUAGCCAUUGGUAAUAUCUUUGGUUAACUUGCUUGUUAGCUGGAUCGUGAAGUCAGUGUUAGGUUAGGUUAACUACUCUACUUUAAGAAUAGACUAGUCCGACAGAAACUAAUCAAUCUGUCUGUUGGACUAUGCUACUUCGAAAGGAGGGUAGUAUACCUGACCUAAUAAUGACUUCACGGAUCAGCUAACAAGCAAGCUAACCAUAGGUAUUACCUUUCGCUACACACUCAAUGGAAUCCGCUGUAAUGAUAUAUUGACAUUGACUUAAAGUAAAUUGCCUAACCAUACAAUUGAUGAUAAGUAGAUAUAAAUGGCAUCCACAAGGAGCAUUUAUUAUAUCGAAAUAAUUGACUGUUUUUUGUUGGUUUUUUUGCAUUGUGUUGAAUGUUAUCAAAUCGCUUUUUAUUUAUAACAUUAUUCAGUUGAUAUUCAAAUUUUAUUAUUUAAUUAAGUUUACUAAAUCUGUCUUGGGAUAUUUGUGAAGUAUUGUAAAAAGUGUUUUAUUAUUUGAUGGUCUUGACACUGUUUGACUAUUGGUUGCUGUACUUAUUUCGAUUGCAUUUAAGUUAUGUAGUGAAUUAUGGACAAAUAGAAAGUAUUAUUUUUAGAGACAUGUACUUAUUUUGUUAUGUGAAUGUCUUUCUUUAACUAGUCAUUUUCUAUUUUCCCAUUAAGUCAUCAAAACUCAUCAAAAAUUUGGUACACCAGACGCGCGCGUAUUAUUGUAUCUAACUGUUAUUGUAUUAAAAUAAAAGGUUUCUUUAAUAUAAUAAGUAUUUAAUAACUGUUUUCCCGUUUAAAUGGUUUUACACUAGUAAUUUUUGGGAGCCUUUAUAGUUUGCUGUUCGGUGUAAGCCAAGGUUUGAAUGGAGAGUUGUCUCACUGGCAUUCAUACCACAUCUUCCUAUAUCUAUAUUAAUCGUGGCUACCCAAGGGUUACGAUAGGAGAGGACUGGAUCGUAAAACUUGGCUAGUGAAAAUAAUUAUCUUCACGUAAAAUAAUACUUACCCAUAGUAAUAUCUCAUAUCAAGGUUAAUAUUCUUUCUGAUACAUAUUUUUAGAUUGUUAUUUUGCUACAAUAUCAUGAAUGUGAUAUCUGAAAAUAAAAAAAUGUUGAAAAAAUGAUGUGAACACACACAGUCAAAUAAUCUUUAUAAGUUUUAAACAUUACGGAGUCUAAAUUAAUGUUCUUAAAACAAGUACAAUGUAACCUAAUUUUGUUGUCAAUGUUUUUGCUCUCAAAUCCUUUAAAAAGUGUAUAUAUUUUCACCCCUCCCCACCCUUUAAACAUUAUAUUGAUUUUAGUAUGAAACUAAAGAUGUAUACUCUGUGAUAAUUUCAUUGUUAAAGAUUUUAUUGUAUAGUUUUUGUUACUUUUAUAUUUAUGAAAUAUUUUGGAUGUUAAGCAUUGCAUUAAAUGAUGAAGGCUUUAGAAGGUGUACUAAAAGUACAUUUUAGCGCAGUUCAGUUUUAUCGUUUUUUUAAGAUUAUUUUCUACGAUGCAUUUAUUCGUUAAUAUUUGUUGAUUCAUUUUCUUGUUGAUUUUCAUAUAUUUGUGAAGAGCAAAGAUAUUUUUCUAUUAAAGUUUACAAAAAUCCUUA